UAACAGGCGCCAUGGAAAAGGACAGAGACAUGCUGGAUACCAUUCAGCAAAAUAUCUUGGACAACUCUGAAUUGGACGAGGAUACUCGGCAGCGUUAUGUGGUCUUUAUCCAGGAACUGCGUCAUCCGCAUGGCAUUCCAGUGGGUGUGGCCGCUGAACGACUGGGCCUGUGGCUGGAGGAGGUGCGAGCGAGAGGCCACAGCGACCUGUUGCGGAAUUGGCAGCUGUUGCUAAACGAACUGAUCCUCACCAGAAAGGUGAUCCUGGUAAGACCACAGUUCCUCCUACAGUGCCUACUGAAUGGUAUACAGCUGGACAAGACCCCAGUGGAGCUCAAUCUGAUCCUGACUGUGCUGAAAACUCUGCAAAAGGAGGAACUUCGUCUUUAUUGGACAGAACUGGCGUCUUUUCCGUACUCCAACGAUGUUAGCCGCGCUGUUGUGGUCGUUCAGUGUCAGGAUCUCGUGUUCGCCGAUCUGGAGCAGUCAGACGACGGUGAUACUGAUGGAAAUUGCAGCCGUCAGUUGGCCAAUACCCUUAUCCGUAACUUUUUCGAUGGCUUUUGGCUGGAUAACUCCAAAGAAGAUCAGUGGUCGCUACUGCUCUCCCACUCUUUGCAUCUGCUGCAACGGAUUGUGGCCAAGCAGCCGGACUUUGCUGCUCAACAUGUCCCGGAACUAAUGGGUCUGGUCCAAACCUAUAUGCUGUUCGGAACUGAAAGUGAAGCGUCGGCCCGGAAUCAAGCCCCUCGGAGGGUGCAGCCAGCCCAACAGUCGGCAGCCUAUGGUCAGGACGACGAGCUCGAGCCGGAGCCGCAGCCUAUCCACAAACAACGGACGGGCGGGCGGAAGAACAAGAUGCGAAAGAUGCGAUCUCUGGCCCGGCAACGGAAUCAGUCAACCAAUGAAACUCUGGAGACUAAUCCCAGGGACCGGUUGCUACUAACUGGGCACCUGGACUAUGGCUGCCUAACUGGAGAUUCGGGUGAGAACUUUCCCGUCUCGGACUCGGCGGGAGACCCACAAAUGUCGGGAAUGCGGCAAGUGCGCAAUCUUCAGGCCAAAGUGAGAAUAUCCGCCCUGCAUCUCCUAGGAUCGUUGGCGAAGCAUCUGCCCCGUCGUUCCCUGUACGGAUAUUGGCACAUUCUAUUUCCCAGCGGAGAAAAUGGAGCUACCAACGGUCAUCUGCUGCGCCUGGGACACACCGACUCCAAUGCCCGAUGUCGAGCCGUUGCAUUGCAACUAGCUGCUCAAAUUCUAUACGGAUCCAAGUCAUUCCUGAGCCAGGCCAGCUCCAAGGGACCCAGUAACUACACGCCCUUCGCCAUGAGCCUGGCCAGCUCCCUGAUGAGCUCGUAUCGAUGCCUGAGCGGCAUCUUGGAACGAGAGUUCGCCCCACCAGUCCUGACACAGUGCCUCAAAUGCUUGGCGGUUCUGGUUCAGGCCACGCCCUUUGAGCAGCUGGAAAUGGGCUUCGUCUACGAGUUUGUGGGCCACGUGAAGAAGCUGGCCAAAAACGGAGAUAUUCCCGUGGUAGUUUCUGCCCUUCUAGUCAUGGAAAUGCUACUGUCCACGCCACGACUAACCCCGGAGAUGGCCAGUGCUGUGGGUCUCUCGCCAAAUCAACGAAAUCUUCAGAUGGACGAUGUACAGGGUUCGGAACAGGACUUUCUGGACUCGGACGCAGAGGUGGAACUCGAAGAGGAUGCAAUGGAGGAACAUUUAGAGCAAAGUGAACAACAAAAGGUGGCGGUUUCAGCGGAUGCAGCACUUCCUCCAAUUCCCCGAAACUCUUGGCUACUCCGACAGGUGUUGAGAUACCUGGAAAGUCUGGGCACAGCGCCACCCAUACGCGUAGAGUGCUUCCAGGUGCUCCUGGCCAUGGGCACGCACAUAGGCCUGCUGCGUGGGCACCAAAUUCGGCUCUGCAGAGUGAUAAUGUCAGGACUAGGCGAUGCCACUUUCGAUGUGCGAUUGUAUGCCGCACGCUGCCUGGAUUCCAUUGGCUAUCAACUGGGCAGACUUGUGCCGGAGUCGUCAGAGCGGGAAUCGCAGCUAUCUUUUUGGCUAUCCCUACUCCCAGUUAUCUACAAGGCUUAUGACGAGGCAGCCGGCGCAUCCCUGAAGUGCGCCCUUUGCGAUGCCUUAUCGAACAUUGGAACAUACACGUUUGAGAGACUGUCCCUGGGCCAGAGGAAUGCCCUGCUGGCCUUCCUGAGCGGCUGUGCUAGUGACGAUGCCGAGGAGCCGCUAGUCAGAGCUGCUGCUCUCCGGGCAAUGGCCGUCCAUGUUCUGCAUCCGUCCCUAAAGGGGGAUCUGGUCUUUGUGGAGAACGCGGCGGAGCUGUCACUCAAUCUGGUGAACGACACUCAGCUGGUGGUGCGCACCAAGGCGGCCUGGGCCUUGGGAAAUAUCAGCGACGCCCUACUCGGCGGCGUUACCCUACACUCGGAAAGGAUAUCCGAGGAGCUCCUAGGACGCCUCAUUCAGGCGGCCUCUCUAAGUUGCGGCGACCACGAUAAGGUCAAGGCCAAUGCCGUGCGCUCCUUGGGCAAUCUCCUCCAGGUCCUCCAGUUGCAGCCGGGCGAGAACUUCGAGCAGAUGCAGGCAGCCAUAUCCAAGCUUCUGGAUUGCGUGAAAAAUGUCAGCAGUGCAAAGGUCAAGUGGAAUGCCUGCCACGCCAUCGGGAAUCUGGUGCGGCACAGAGCCUUCUUCGCCACCAACCACCUAGCGGGCAUCCUGUUCCCUGCCCUGAGUCAACUCAUUGUCCAACACGCAAACUUUAAGGUUCGCAUUAACGCAACGGCUGUCCUCCUUCAGCUGGAGCAGCGCCAGGACAUAGGAAAUCAUUUUGCGCUGGUGUGGCGUUCGAUACUGGAGGCGCUAGAGCGCUCCAAUGCCCUGGACAGUUUUGAGGAGUACAAUCACCGUGACGCACUGCAGCAACAGCUUUGUCUGGCCAUUGCCAAGCUCCUGUCUCUGGCAAAGGCCUCGGACUUGACCGGGAUGCGUGAAGCUCUCGAAGAGGAUCGCCUGGAGGCUGUGCGUAGCACCUGGCGUCGUGUCGCUUUCCGCAUCGUUCCCGAGCAGUCGGCUCCGCUCUUCACCUGCAUUCCGCUUGUGGAGCAACGACUCCAGACUGAGACGGUCCUACCCCAGCAGCGUUCCGCAUUGGCCUUUAUAGCCGGAAACCUGAAGCUGGAUCCGUAGAAAUAAUUGUUCAUUUAAGCUGGCCCAGCCAGACCUCUUUCCUCUAACCCACCUGUACAUCGGGUGACUCUUGAAUAAACCCUUAAAUGUUUAAAGCAUCCUAGGCAACGGAGCCAUUUCUCUCCGUCUUUGU